AUGAGAGGUUUUCCAACACAAUUUCAAGCAACAUUGAAUAUCAGUAUAUUAUAUUCAUGGCAAACAUCAACGCAAGAUCUCCAACAAUUAUUAUAUGAUUAUGAAAAUUUAAGAGUUCGUUUUGAUGUACAAGGAUGGAGAUUGAAACAAAACGAAACUUACAUGAUUAAAUAUAAACCUGAUGGUGCUGAAGCAGAUUCACCAGCUUCACAAGGUUUUACAAUGUUCAAUUUCAAUCCUGAUCAUCCAGAAUUUACAAAAAACAAUUGUUGGUACAGAACAGAUCCAAUGAAUGAUAUCGGCCCAUUUCCGUCCAGCUGGUUUUUUAAUUCAGGAACACAUACUGAAAUUCAGCCAUGGUUUCCAUUACCACCAAAUCUAAUCUACAAGGGCGAAGAAUGGAUACCUGAAAUUCAACAAAAUGCAACAAGAUAUGAUUCAGCAGAAAUAUGUGAUUUAGAACAAUCUGGUAUUGGUAAAGUUCCAUGCUUAAGUUAUUUUGAAACACAAGAUAGGCCAGUUAAAACCAUUACUGCACAUGCUGCUCAUGGUUCUUUCGAUACUGAUGUGUACACCAGUACAGUUUAUUUGCCAUUUACACAUGGUAUUCCACCAGAAGCUGAACAUUUGUUUAAUUUACCUAAUCAAUGGCCCUCUUAUUGUGGUAAUGCAAAUGCAGGUUUUACUAUAGAACCUCUACAUGGAUUUGUGGUAACUCCAGAUGGUCAAGAUCAUUUUACAUUGACAUUACACACACCACCAGUUCAUUCACUAGGUGAUCAAGUCAAAGUCGAGUUUAA